CGGGGGAGAGAGAAAGAUGGAGGUGCGGGUCGUGGACAGACUCGCGUGCCUGGCCGCGCUGUGCAGCCUCCUCUGCGUGGACACGGUCCUCGGGAAAUACGUGAAAGGCAUCGUGAAUACCAAAGAGGACUGGGUUUUCCUCACUCGCUUCUGUUUCCUCACCGACUUUGGCCGUUUGGACUUCAGGUUCCGAUAUCCAAAGUCGCGCUGCUGUCAGAACAUACUGCUCUACUUUGAUGACAGUUCUCAGUGGCCAGCUGUGUACAAAAGGCCUGAAAAGAACUGCUACCAGAAGGAGGCAGUGCUGAGGCCCGAGAACAACCAGGUCAUCAACCUCACCACUCGCUACACCUGGUCUGGCUGUGUGGUGGAAGGAGACGGGAGCGAGGAGGUGCUGAGCUGCGUGGGUGGUCGUAGUUUCCGCUCGGUGAGGGAGCGAUGGUGGUACAUUGCUCUCAGCAAGUGUGGGGGCGAUGGCCUGCAGCUGGAGUACGAGAUGAAGCUGACCAACGGCCAGUCGUUCUGGACGCAGCACUUCUCUGCGGACGAGUUUGGAAUCCUGGAGACAGACAUCACAUUCCUGGUCAUAUUCUCCACGGUGUUCCUCCUCUCCUGCCUUUGCCUACAAUCUGAAGGGAGACAGCUUCUUCACACAACCUACAAAAUGUUUAUGGCUGCAGGUGUGGAGGUGCUCAGCCUGUUGUUUCACUGUGUCUACUGGGGCCUGUAUGCAAGAGAUGGAGUUGGCAACGGCAGCUUUAAAAUACUCGGGAAAUUACUGUUCUCCAUCAGUUUCUUGGUGUUCCUUCUCAUGCUCAUUCUGCUGGGCAAAGGCUUCACUGUCACCAGGGCGAGGAUCAGCCACAGCGGCUCGGUGAAGCUCAGCAUUUACAUGACGGUCUACACCAUCACAUAUGUCAUUCUCUUCAUCUACGAGGCAGAGUUCUUUGACCCAGGUGAAGUGCUGUACGCCUACGACAGCCCCGCAGGUUACGGACUGAUGGGCCUGCAGCUGCUGGCCUACGUGUGGUUCUGCUACGCCGUGCUGGUCUCCCUGAAACACUAUCCAGAGAAACAGCCCUUCUACGUCCCUUUCUUCACCACGUAUACACUAUGGUUCUUCGCGGUGCCUGUUAUGGCUCUGAUCGCCAACUACGGGAUUCCUCGCUGGGCCCGGGAGAAGAUCGUCAAUGGGAUUCAGCUCGGCAUCCACCUCUACGCCCACAUCGUCUUCCUAGUUAUCACAAGGCCCUCGGCAGCCAAUAAGAACUUCCCGUAUCAUGUUCGAACAUCUCAGAUCGGGAUCCUGUUGUCCAGUCCUAAGGGUGGUGAGGGGGCAGAGAGUUUCCCCCAUCAUGCUUAUGGAAACAGCUCCUUCCUGGGAGAUUCACAACCAAACUUCACUGAACUCUUCUCCAUCCAAUCAGAUCCAGUGAAGACGGUGGAGGAGACGGUGGCCUGUAAAGGACCAGAGGUGCCAAGGAACAGUGAGCAGAAGAUCAUCACCACCGCCGCUGACUUGACAUCGAUAUUGCCUCCGCCUCCGAUACCCCCCCGCCCGGCCACCCGCUCUCCCCCGCUGCCCCCUCGGCUCCCGUCCUUCACAGAAUACUUCAGCAUGCAGAGCGGUGGCGGCGGAGCCGGUUUCGGAACGAAGGCGUGAGGUGGCGAGAAGGUCAGGACAGAGGGGAGAUGAGAGGAGGUAUUGAAGGACAGAAUGACAGUACAAGUGAGAGGAGAGUAGGAAAUGGGGUGUCACUGUGUAAAAACAAAAGGGAUAGCUGGAAAACAAAAGCUUGAGAGAUUGGAAGCACAAAGACGUGAAUAAAUCCCUAAAUGGUACCUUUUUUACUUACAGUGAGAGGGUCGUGCUGAGCUUGUUCAAGAAUAAAGAAGCAAUACAUUUUUGAUGCUGACCAGUGAAAGUCACACAGGGAGACACAUGACAAAAUGGAUGUAGCCAGAGCAAUAGAACGAUAACUGUGCAAGAAGCAGAAGUGAACAAAAUUCUUAAAAUACCUUUGCUCAAAUAUGUAUGAGGCAGCGAUGGCGUGUGCACGGGAGAGUGUGUAAAUAGUUAAAACUGAGAGAGCUACCACUUCACAGAUACAGUACACACACACAUAUAAAGAAGUGUAUGUUGUGUGUGUGUACGGUAUUUAGACUGUAUAUAUAAAGUAUAUAUAAAGUUUUAUUUCGUUAAGUUUUUUUUAUGUGUUUAUGUGAUUUUUCCUCAUCAUGAAAUUCCAUUGAAACAAAUCUCAUUCCAAAUCCACAUUUUAAAAAAGGCCUUUUUUAUGUUUGGCAUAUUUUGAUAAAAUAUAGAUAUUUACUCUAUAUGGAGUUUGUUGGUUUAAUUUUUCUUCUAAAAUGUGUUUAUUACAGCCAGUUCUUCUGGUUUGAUAUGCUGAUGUGUAAAUGUAUAAUGUCAUGUUUACUGUGGGCACUUCAAGGUAAAAAAAAACGAAGCAUGUUUGUAUUGUAUUUCCUGUCCAGAGCACUGAUAUACUAUGUAUUCCACGUGAUCAGACAAUAAUUGGCUUCCUGUGUGUAUUGACAUGUAUUCUUUUGUAAAUACAUACAGUAGACUUCAGUAUAUUGUUUUGACAGGACAUGUUCUGUUGUUUUUCCAAACAAAGCUUUUAUUGUGCUGUAGGAAAACAACAUUAAAUACUAUUUUGGUUUAAGGUGGAGUGCAGAAUAUACUACACAUGCUCAAAAGUGUCAUUUCCAUGUAUGUAGAGGCUGGUGAAUGUAUUAAUGCAAUACAGGACAGGGAUGAUUUUCAAGUUACUGAAAUACUAAGGCUGGGUAUUUCCUACAAGCUCACGAUACAGAGGUUAAUGAUGAUAUGAUAUAUAUUGUGCUACACAAUUAUUUUGAAUGGUGCAUUGGUCCUUACACAGGGACGUCCCCCGAUUUCAGAUUUCCAAUCUGGCACUCCAUCAAUAUCACUUCUGUCGUAUUUGUUUCAUCAUUCGAUUUGAAUCUGUAGACGUGUUGCUAUGCUGUCAGUGAGCGCCAAUUACCAUACUUGAGUGGUUGUCAUUGACUGAUAUUGCUAAUAAUUGAUAGUACGUGAUAUGUUUGCGUUCAUUCAUUUUUCGUGACUCCCGACACCAUUCGCGACUUCUGAUGUAAAUGGGACGCAACAAAAAUCUGCUUCAUUAAUCCUUAACAACACAGCAAUGGCAGUGGUCAUGUGGGACAUCAUGUCAGUUGACUUCUGCUGCCACCCACUGGCUUUAUUUUACACUGCACCUUAGUGUCUCAAGACUACUAUCACAGCAUUUGCUGCCCUAUUGAUUCUGUCACAUCUGAAUCAAUACAUACAUAAUGCUCAACCCUAUGGAAAAGGGUAGUACAACUUUAUUGGACUCUCUAUUUAGCUUACAACUACAGCUGCGACGACUAAUCGAUUAUUCGAUCAAGAUUCUUUUCAACUUCAACUGAUUUUUCUUAAAUGUGAAUAUUUUCUGGUUUCUUUGCACUAAAGGAAUCAUUUUGGUUUGUGGACAAAACAAGACAUUUGAGAGCGUCAUCAUUUUAUAACAUUGUGUGUUUAUGGACCAAACAAAUAAUCUGUUAAUUGAGAAAAUAAUCAAAAGUUUAAGUCGGUUAUGAAGAUGAUGAGUUAGUUAGUUGCAGCCCUACUCACAACCACUCAACUUUAUCCUCACCCCGUCUCGCACCUGAAACAUGAAUUCAUUGCAGUCGUCUACUCUUUGCACUUGCGUACUCAAAUCGUACGUAAAACGUUUCUAGUUUUGUAUCCUAAAUUUGAGCAAUGGCAAAAAAAAGAAAAGAAAACCUUGUAGAUUAACUGUGAAAAGAGCAACACAACUGUACAUUGUGUCUGUCCUGCAUGGAGCACUUUAAUGUUCCUGGUCUUAGUCUCUUUAUCCGUGAUGAUGUCACCUCAUAACAUCCACUAGUAUUCCAGUUGCUUACCCUUGUAAAUGUGUUUUAUUACAAAAUGUCUCAAUAUAAUUUCAUGUUGAGUCACUGAGUUCACCACCAGCUACUGGCAUUCGAGAAACUGCUAAUGGGGAAAAAAAUGAAAUGACACUAACACAAGCAAGUUAAUGAUUUUUUUGAUUUUUUUUGUGGUAUUUGGUGAAUAAUAUACAGAUUGUAGGGCUGAACGCUUUUGUUAAAAUAUCUAGUUUGUUUAAAGACGGCCUCAGUUCAGUGUUCCUGUGUAGAUUUAACCAUCAGAACAUUAAAGGAACAGUGUGUUGGAUUUAGUGGCCUCUAGGGGUGAAGAUACAUACUGCAACCAGCUGAAAUACAAGACUCAGUAAAAGAGAGGGAUGACAAACCCCACAUUUCUUAAUUUUCAGGUGAUGAUAAAAGAUAAACUGGAGGAACGGCCCUCAGAUUCUUUUUCGUCUUCUUCUUGCAUAUUUGGCACAUAUUUAUUUUGAGUUCGAGGACCUGGUCAAUGCAGCUUGGAGCUUUAUUUUUAAAUAUUGUAUUUAAUUUUUCUUGACAUAUGCUCUUAAAUUCUACACACUGCACCUUUAACGGUUCUAUAUUCCAAUACCAAGUUAAAGAUGAAUUCAACAUGUGUUCUUUGAUUCGUAGAGAACAUAGAACAAUCAAAUAUUGAUUUAGCUAAUGUUUCAGAUGAUGUUCAGCCCUGUGUACCAGUGGAAAUGUUGCUGUAACUUUAGGAUGUUAGGACUGCGUGUUGUGUCUAUGGUAAGAGUGUUGCUAGAGAUGUAACUUGAUACUUGAUUUAGAGUAUUAGUCGUUCUUUCUGAUUAUGUGUGUGCUUUCUAUUCGGCAUGUCUGCCAUUUUGUCUGCUGUUUCCUGACGCUACAGUUGCCAUGACUCCACAGAACAGACGUUGUUGGUCACUGGUACUGCUGUCACUGCUCUGACUGUGCAGAUGUUGACAUUAACACAGGGGUUCUCAAAUGUUUUGGGGGCGAGGGACCUUCAGGUGCACCACAUGCGUUUGCCAUGGCCGACUUCGUAGCAAAAGUCACUGAUGUUACUGAAGCAAUGGCGACUUGUAGGGUGCACUCUCUCCUUAUUUGACCAUGUAUUGUUUGAGCUUAUAGUCUCAAUCUGCCCAAGAACGCCUUUUUUUUGGCCAACUACAGAAUCUCCUAAACAGGAAAACAAUCCACAUAGUUGGGAUUAAUAUGGUGAUAACAAAUAAUCAACUUCUAACAGCGUUUGUAUACGUCCAACAUGGUGGCCACGGUCUUUUGAUUCGGCGGUCGCAUCUAAGUGACUUUGAGUGAAUUGAUUUUCUAAUCCGAGCAGAACGAAACUAAAUCACAACAUGUUUUGAUGACGUACGCAGAGGUUGAUGCGCUCUGCGUACGUCAUCCAGAUCACCGGUGUCAUUGGUUGGAGCUCUAUCCAAUUGCGUGGAAGUGGGAGGUGACUACAGCCACACCCAGAGACACUUCAAUGACUGUCGUCAGCUCUGUGUUAAAACUACAUAUCUGAUUGCAUGUCUUUGGCGUGUGGCAGUAACCUUGAGGUUGACAGACUGUAUCCAUGCAGUAUUACCCCAUCAGGCAUCAUUUUGAUGCCCAGUGUUCCCCCCUCUGAACCCCACUUUGAGAACCACUGCGUUACUGUGACAGGACUUCGACACACACUUAAAGAGAUUAUGUAUGCAUGACAGAAAACAGCACAGCUUUUCAGAGCGAUCUGGUUAAGAGCACAUCACUGAAGCACUGUUCAGAUGCAUUUUAAUGGUGUCAAAUGACUAUUCUAAAUACGCUGUACAUAUACACUUUUUGCCAAAAUAAUAAAAAAUAUUGUUUUAUUAGAA